UUUGAGAGAAUCCAGGCACAUCAAUAUGAAUCUCUUCUGUUUUUCACUGGAAGGCUCUAUGGACAGUUUAUAUGAACCAGUGCCAGAGCAACACAAUAAUAAAGAAAAUGCCUACCCAUCUACCAAUACCUAUGAGAAAAGUGGAAAGUCAAAAAGAUCUACAAUGGUUACAGAAUUAGAUGAUAACCAAGUAGAAUCAAUGGGCACAUUACAAAGACUAUGGAAGUUGGUUGGAACCAAGAAGGCCAGUGUGCAUAGUUUGGAUGAAUUCAAUCAUACAUCAACGCCUCUCAAGAAAUCUUUUGAUUAUUUAGAUUCACCCCAAGACAGUAAUCACUCAGAAGAGGAAGAUGACACUUUGAUUUCAUGCAUGAAACUAAUGAAGAGCCAAGAAAAGAAAGUUUAUAAAGAUAACACAAUGAAAAAUGAAGAGACUGAACGUAGAAUGGAUUUUGUUUCUCCUUCCCUGGAAAGAUUCCAUACUUCUAGAGCAAGCUAUUUAGAAGACAUUUCACCCCACUCUGGAAAUGAAUUUGAAGUAUGGAAUGACUGGAAGACAUUUACUGAUAAUCAACUCUGGCCGUGUGAUUUUCUUAUUUCUCAAACUGGAAGAUGGGGAAGCUAUACUUGUUCUGCCCACCACUCAAUACUCACUUCUUCCCUCAUAGAUAUGGAUCUGCCACAUUCAUGGCGCAGCAGCAGCUUUGGGAAUUUUGACCGUUUUCGGAACAAUUCCAUAUCCAAACCAGAACAUUCAAAUGAAAAAUGUGAAGAGGAAAGGAUAAAUGGAGGUAAAGAGCAAGAAUCAACUAAAACUCCAAAUAAUGGUGGAAGUCUAGGCAAAAAAAUGAGGGCUAUUUCCUGGACCAUGAAGAAAAAAAUUGGCAAGAAGUACAUCAAAGCCCUUUCUGAGGACAAGGAUGAAGAAGAUGAAGAGGAUGCCCACUCCUAUAGAAACAGUGAUCCAGGAUUUGCAGCCUACACUGAGAAAUUUCCUCUCAAAUCCAGCGACUCCAUGGACAGUAUCUACAGUGGUCAAAGUUCAUCCAGUGGAAUCACAAGCUGUUCAGAUGGAACAAGUAAUAGAGAUAGCUUUCGAUUGGAUGAUGAAGUCCCAUAUACAGGGCCAUUCUGUGGCCGAGCCAGAGUACAUACAGAUUUCACACCAAGUCCUUAUGACACUGACUCACUCAAAAUUAAGAAAGGAGACAUUAUAGACAUUAUUUGCAAAACACCAAUGGGUAUGUGGACAGGAAUGCUGAAUAAAAAAGUGGGCAAUUUCAAAUUCAUUUAUGUGGAUAUAAUCUUGGAAGAGGAAGCAACACCAAAGAAGAUGAAAGUGCCCCAAAAGAAUAAGAGGGCCAAACCACAAACUGUGCAGGAAUUCCUAGAGAGGAUUCUUCUCCAGGAAUAUACUUCAACACUUUUGUUAAAUGGUUAUGAGACCCUAGAAGAUUUAAAAGAUCUAACAGAAAGUCAUUUGAUUGAACUGAACAUUGAAAACCCAGAAGACAGGAUGAGGUUGCUAUCAGCAGCUGAAAAUCUACUUGAUGAUGAAACGUUAGAAGAAGAAAGUGAACCUGCAUCCCCAUCUUUCAAGCCAGGCAUCACUUUUAACAAUUCACAGUUCAAUGACUGUCCAAGAGAUUCUGGUUGUUACAUCUCAUCAGAAAGUUCAGAUAAUAGCAAAGAAGAUCUGGAGUCUGAAAAACUGUCCAACAUGGUAGAGAAAAUUACUAUCACAGAGUCAAAUGAUUGAGCCUAUGUUUCUCAGCAUUAUAAGCAGAUCUAAAGAUGAAACUAAUAAUCAAGAUGGAAAUGUAGUAGUGAACUGUAACAGUUUUUAUAUUUAAUAAUUCUUGAUGAUACACAGAUUUAUUUUAAUGUUUCAAAAUUUUGAUAAAAAUGUCAUUAUUAAAUGAUUUGUAGAUCAUGGUUGGAAGAACAAAUUAAGAGAAAAUAUGUUUUUAAAACACUUUCUAAAUCAAAAAAGUUAUUGUCCUUCAUGCAUUCCCAAUUGUUGUAAAUAGUGUAUUUAUUAUUUUAAAAGCUAGAUGUUAAUAGCUCUUCAUUUCUUUCUCUUCAUGUCCCUGAUUUACAUGACACUUAUCUUUAGAAGCAUUUUACAGGUUCAUCAUCUUGAUAUUUGUCCCUUAAGAAAAAAGCAGUACUACCUCCAUGCCUACCAGUUACAAGUUUGUGUAUGCAAUUAUAGUGAUGAAUAGCUAUGCCACAGAUAACUGCCUAUAAACUUAACUAUAAAUCUCUUGUCAAUAUCCCUCCUUUCCCUAGCCCUACCUCAAGCAAGUUGUGAAAGCAUUUUAACAGGCAUGGUUUAUAUAUAUAUAUAUAU